AUGCCAUCUCCUCGUAUGAGGACUUUUACCCUAUUCAUUCUCAAUGCUUCCUGGCAGACAUCAAUCCACCGGACUCGAGCGUGCACGGCUUCAUUCUCAACGACGACGUCAGCCCUAUAUGCGGCCAGUCGCGAACCAACAUUAUACGAGAUACUCGAUGUGCCAGUAACCGCGUCAGCAGCAGAGAUUAAAAAGUACGAUAAUUGGCCUCGUCCAACACUCCGUCCCUCACCCCCUCAUCUACCAUAUUUUUCUACUCUCGGCACCGCUAACGUAACCCGCAUCAUCAGAAAAUUCUACUCCCUCUCCCUCCAUCACCACCCAGACCGCAAUCCAGGCGACCCGAAAGCCUCCUCCCGCUUCGCCCGCAUCUCAUCGGCCUACCACGUCCUCAGCAACAGCGCCAAGCGCUCCGCCUACGAUCGCGAACACGGCAUCUAUGCCCAACAUGGCUCCUCGACGCACAGCACCGCAAACCCAGGCCAACACCCGAUGGGUAGCCACAGCAGCUACGGCGCAAAUCUCCAUACCAAGGGCGCCUCUUAUGCGGGAUCCAGACCAGCCAGCGGCCUAAGCAAGCGGCGCGGGCCCUUUCGUGGUCCGCCGCCGUCGUUCUACGCGCACGGCGGGUACGGGAGUAGCAGACGGCCGCCUCCAGGCGGCUCUUCGGCUUCCUCGUCAUCUGCGGGUGCUGCGGGCAGCGCCCGGGAUGAGGACCCGAUCUCUUUCAUUGACCGGAAUUCCGUCUACCACUUCAAUGCCCGCGGGCAUUACCGGACUCAGUCAGCGGAAGAUGCGCGGCGGCAGGAGCGGCGAUCAAGAGAGAUGAGUGCCUUGAACGAACAGUACAUCGGCCGUGCAGGUGAUUUUGCUCUGCGCUUCGUGAUCGUAUGUGGAAUUUUACUGGGUGCAGGGGCCAUGGCUGGCUGGCUUCGCUGGCCGACCACCUCCAAACCCGGCUCGUCAAGCCGGCGGAAGGAUGGCUAG